AUGUUGACUGCACAUUUCAAGGUAUUUAGAACUCCCCUAACUACCUCUCAGUGAGCGAACAAAAAAAUUUUUGAUAUAUAAUGAAAAGUAUAAUGAGAUCUCUAGCUAAAUAAUAAAUUCUACAAAUUAAAUUAAUUUUUAAAUUGGAUUUUUUAAAUUUCAUAAAAACAAUUUACUAAAAAUUUAUAUAUAAAUUUAUAUAUAAAUUUUUUUAAAAGCAAAUUAACUACUCUCGAGAGAAUAAAGUUUUGUGUUCGCUCAUGGAUUAGGGAGUAAGAAGAUGCUUCACUGGAGGAAGUGAUCCUUGGUACAACAUUUCUCAUUCCAGCCAACUUCGUGUUAUGCAUACCAACCAAUGGCCAAUCCCUUACUACAAAAGGUCAGGAUGUGUCCCAAGAACGCUUUAUCCAGAAAAUGACUACAAUGUUACUAUCCAAGGCAAUACCCAUACCAGUCCUGAUGAUUCGAACGUCUUUUAUACUCAAAGAUUUUUGAAGCAGAGCAUGUGGGGAAGAGAAGUCCUGGAAGCUGUGAACAAAAUGGGAUUGAAAGGCAGCCUCAACACUCGUAUUGAGUCUCCUAUAAGCUCAGCCAAGAUUUACAUGAAUGACUUGCUUAAGCACAUUGACUACACCAAGAAGGAAAAUGAAAGGAUCUUAAAAAAGCACAAGUUCAGCGAUGCUUUCAGUUAA